AAGAGGAGGAGAAGUAUAAACUACGAUACGCUAUGGAAUAUAUAGCGAGACAUCGGCGUGUGUUGACGAAGUUAUAAUUUUUUUAUUUAUUAUUCUCUUAUCAGAGAUUGCCGGAAAGCUAAAAAACACUACGCGGCAUUAUUGAAGACAGUGGGCAAAAUGGCCGAACGUGUAGAUUCGCCGGUUUCUAGUACUUCAGAUUCUUCUUCAAUGUUGCAAGAAGAUUCAGUCAUUUCAAAUUUUAUUUCGGAAAUAAUCAAAAGCCCAAUCAAUAUAUUUUUGGUGAUUGUUAUAGCCUUUCUUGUUUAUAAAAUAUUUCGGAGUAAGACUAUGGGAGAACCACAAGUAGUAACAUACAAACCGCUUCCUAAGAUCAGACGUGAUUUUACUGUUGAAGAAUUGAAAAAAUACGAUGGUACGGGACCAGAUGGACGAAUUCUUGUAGCUGUUAACGGCAGUGUUUAUGAUGUUACAAAAGGUCGAAGGUUUUAUGGACCUGAUGGCCCGUAUGCUGCCUUUGGAGGUCGCGAUGCUAGUCGAGGUUUAGCAACAUUUUCAGUAGUACCAGGGAAAGAUGAGUAUGAUGACUUAAGUGAUCUCAAUACUACAGAAAUGAACUCAAUUUUAGAGUGGGAAGAACAAUUUAAAGAAAGAUACGAUUAUGUUGGAAAAUUAUUAAAACCAGGUGAAGCACCGACGAAUUAUUCAGAUGAAGAAGACGAAGGAAGUCAACAAGAAUCAGAUGCAAAAUCUAAAGACGAUUGACCACGUAAAAAUUCUAUCAUAUUAAAGAUAAGAUCAGACAUAUGACACUUAUUAUUAAAAAAAUGUCUAUUGAUCACUUGGUAAUACAAUUUUGAAUGUGAUAUCAACUACAUUCAUUUUUAGAGAAAAAAUCUAUCGAACGAUGUAAAAAUGAUAUAAAUAUUUGAGACUGUUACACUACUACUGAAUACUUGAUUUUUAAACGUGCUAUAAAGAUAUGAAGAAUU